UGAUUGAAGAGAUUGUCGAAGAUUUGCAAUGAAGUCAGUCAAUGGCGUAGGUUUAGCUUCAAAAGUCAAAAGGGAUCUUUAACUUUUGGGGAGGUCUUAUUGAACCUCCGUUUACUUUUGGAAGUUUGACCACAUAGACUAAUGAUGGCUUCUUCUUCAUCCUCUUCGUCUCAUGUCUGGAAGUAUGAUGUGUUCCUGAGUUUCCGAGAAGAAGACACCCGCAAAAACAUCGUCAGCCAUUUGCACAAAGAACUUGUCAACAGUGGAGUUGUUACCUUCAAAGAUGAUAAAAGGCUUGAGAUAGGGGACUCCAUUUCCGAAGAAAUCAGCAGAGCUAUCCAAGACUCCAGAUUCGCUCUUGUCAUUUUAUCAAAGAACUACGCUUCAUCUAGUUGGUGCAUGGAGGAGCUCCUUAUGAUUAUGGAUCUUCACUUUAAAAAGAAGAUUAAAGUCGUCCCCAUUUUCUAUGGAGUUGAUCCUUCUCACGUGAGACAUCAGACUGGGAGUUUCACAUUCGACAAGUACCAAGGGUUAGAAAUGGCUAACAAGGUCACGCAUUGGAGAAAAGCUCUUACCCAGAUCGCCAGCAUAGCAGGCAAGGAUUUUGCAACUUGUGAGGACGAGGCCUUGAUGAUUGAAGAGAUUGUUGAAGGCAUUUCAAACCAGUUGUUAAUUAUGCAGCCAGUAGAUUACAGUGAUAUUGUUGGAAUGGAAGCUCACAUGGAGCUACUGAGUUCUCUUUUGAGUAUGGAAUCUAAGGACGAGGUUCGUAUGAUAGGAAUCUGGGGAAUGGGAGGCAUUGGCAAAACCACCAUUGCCAGGUGUCUCUUUGACCGGUUUUCAAGGCCAUUUCCAACUCGUUGUUUCCUUGAAAACGUUUCGAAGAUAUACAGAAACCAUGAUGCCUCGUAUUUACGGAAAAAGUUUAUUUCAACAGCACUUGGUCUUGCUGAGGAGAAGAUGAAGUUCUCGAGUGUAGAAAUUGGACCCCAGGAGAUUAAGGCAAGGUUUGGACGUCGUAAAGUCUUUGUUGUCUUUGAUAAUGUGGAUGACAUGAAACAGGUGCAUGCCCUCGCUAAAGAGUCCAACUGGUUUGGUCCAGGUAGCCGAAUUAUCAUAACAACACGGGACAGGGGCUUGCUUAUUUCAUGUGGAGUAAGAACUGUAUAUGAAGUCAAGUGCUUGGAUACUGGUGCUGCUCUUCAGUUAUUUAAUCAGUUGGCUUUUGAAGGAGGGAUUCCUCCUUCUGAACUUUAUGAAAAACUGGCAAUCCGAGCGUCCUGGCUUGCUCAAGGUCUUCCAGCCGCUAUUGAAGCUUACGGUUUAUUUUUCCGAAGAAUGGCAUCUUUGAAGGAGUGGGAUGAUGCGUUAUGUAGAUUUAUAGAAGCUCCUCAUAAAAAUGUUAUGGAGAUCUUGAAAAUUAGCUACGAUGGCUUAGAGGAGGCAGAUAAGAAUGUUUUUCUUCAUGUAGCGUGCCUCUUUAAUGGUGAGCCUCUCCAUCGUGCCACUACCCUUCUCGAUGAUGGUGAACUACAGGGUUGUCUGGGAUUAAAGAUAUUGGCUGAAAAGUCUCUUAUUGAAAUCACAGCUGGUGGGUAUAUAAAGAUGCAUAGUUUGAUAGACCAAACUGCUAGAACAAUUGUGAAUCAAGAAUCCGUGCAGAGGCCCCAGGGACGAAGAGUAUUGUGGGAUCCUUAUCAAAUUUAUAAACUACUGGAAAGUAACGCGACGAGCGAACCAACUAAUUGCAUGUCGUUACACAUGUGUGACAUGGUUUUCGCGUUGCAUUUGGGUGGGUAUACGAAGUACCACGACACGCUCAAAUUCCUCAAGAUCUACAAGCACUCGGAUCAUAUAAAGUCCAAGCUGCAUUUAAGUAGUGACGAUACAAAUCUACUUUCAUCGAGGCUUAGAUUACUACAAUGGGACACAUUUCCAUUGACAACAUUCCCUUGCCGAUUCCGUCCACGAGAUCUUGUUGAAGUCAGUCUACAUCGCAGCAAUCUGACUGUAUUCUGGGAAGAGACCAUGGAGAUGCCAAACUUGAGAAGAUUGGACUUGUCAGGCUCUGAAAAUCUGGAACAUCUUCCAGAUCUUUCAAUGGCCGUGAAUUUGGAGGAAUUGAUAACUCGAGGCUGCAAGAGGCUGAAGAGAAUUCCAGAGUCCAUCAGUAACCUUACGAUGCUGACAAAGCUUGAUGUCUCAUACUGUGAUCAACUUAAUAGUUACCACAUCACUAUAAGGGAACUGAGUGGGGGCUGUCGUCAAGUUGCUCUGUAUUUCUCGGGUAAAGAGGUGGAAAUGGAGUCCAUUACAAAUCUAUCCGUGGGAGGAAACAUACAUAUUCAGAUGUUGUGGCUUGAUGGCAACGCAGAUCACCUCUGUUUUAGUACUGAGCAUCAAGCACCUGAUGAAUUGAUGAAGGGGGAGCAACAACUACCUCAUAAUGAACCACCUCUUGAAUUUUCUAUGAGGACACUGCAUGCAGUGUCAGAGUUUCAUUGUCCUGAACCGAUGAGGAAAGCAGAGCAGAAACCACGACCCAUGUCAGAAUUCCAUGAAUUCAAUUUGAUAGACAUUAUCAGGUUUAACUACAACGCUGAUGAUGCAAGUUUCCUCUGCUAUGGCCUUUCCAUGUUUCCCUGCUUGAAAGAGUUAAAUCUAAUCAACUUAAACAUCGAAGUGAUCCCGGAUGACGUAUGUGGUUUGCAAUUCCUAGAGAAAUUGGACUGGAGUGGCAAUGAUUUUGAGACUUUACCAGAAACCAUGAAUCAACUUCCCAGGUUGAAAUAUGCCAGCCUUUGUAACUGCCGCAGACUAAAAGCAUUGCCAGAACUAGUUCAGUUGGAGAGAAUCAAACUCUCUGGCUGUGUGAGUCUCCAAUCAGUGUUCAAAAUAUCUCAUGCUGAACAAGAUUGGGGCAGAUUCCAGUUGCUGGAGCUUUGGGUUGACGACUGCAAGACCAUUCAAUCAAUUUCAGAUAAGUUUGGACAAUAUAUUAAGCUAUCAUAUGUAGAUCUUAGCAGGAAUGACUUUGAGACAUUGCCAUCAAGUAUCGGAGGUCUUUUCUCUCUGGGAACUCUCUGCCUCAAUAAGUGCAAGAAACUCAAAUCGAUAGAAAGAGUCCCAUUGUGCCUUAAAUAUCUCUACGCCCAUGGCUGUGAAUCCCUGGAAACGAUUUCCCUUCCUUUGAACCAUUCUGUAAAGCACCUUGAUCUAAGCCAUUGUUUCUGCUUAAAGCAGGAUGAACAUUUAAUCACUCAGUUUCUUAACGAGGGAGAAAACAAAGAGGAGUCACUGAGAUUUGCUUUCUUUCCUGGAACCGAGGUGCCCAGUUACUUCGACAAGAUUAAGACAGGAAAGUCCCUAACGAUUGGCUUACCCCAUAUUUGGCCAUCCCCGAAAAUGCUGGGUUUUGAUGGGUGUAUCAUGCUUUCUUGCAAGAAGCCCUUCCAUAUACGAUUCUCGCCAUUUUCUUAUGACUGGGACUGGGGAUAUGAAAGGUACUUUUAUUUGUACCUUAAACCAGAUUUCUUUCAUUGCCGGGAAAGUAGUUUUCAUAGUACUGAAGAUGAAGAAGAAGCUGUUAAAUCAGAUCACCUGGUUAUCAUCCGAGGGUUAAAAAACUUCAGCGACAAAAUCAACAAGUUUGGCAUCCAAUCUGAUUUGCAAUUCUCAGAGGAGUUUAAGUCUCCCCCUGCGGAGCUAAAAUCAUGUGGAUUUAGCUUGAUUUGGGAAGAUGACCAAACAGACAAGAUAACCAAAAACAAAAAACAAAGACCUGUCGAUUCUCUUCAAAUUUGGAAAGUUGAAGAACCUUUAGAAAAUCUUAAUAGGGAAUCUGUCAGUUGUGGAGACUAGAUGUACAGACUUUAACAUUUUGACCAAAGUUCCAGUCUUCCAGAUCUUGCAAGGGCCACACUAUUUAAGGAGUUGAUACUGAAAGGCUGUACAAGACUGGAACAAACUCCAGGGUCCAGUGGUAGUUUAUUUUGCCUGCCAAAACUCGAUUUAUCACAUUGUGACUGCUUCACAAAUCUUCGGAUGCGCUCGCCUAGCGAAAAACAGAAAAGACUGUCCAUUCAGAAUGUGGACUCAGUGGAGGGCGGCUAAUCAUAUUGAAGCUUCCCAGAGCAGUAAAAAAAUUAACUUUUCUUGGAAACCCAUCCACAGAGGGGGAAAUAGACGACAAAUUGAUUUUCAACUCGUUUGGGAAGUGUAGAUUUUGUUUUACCUUUUUUUAUCGCAUGUAUCUUUUCUAUAUACAUAUGGAAUGGAAACCAUAAGUGUGGAAUGCAUUCGGAUUAUCAGGGUAAUCUUUGUUUGGUCAAAACUAAUACUGUGGAAUCAAUCAUGGAUCAAGCUCUGAGAAAUAUAUAUAAUGUUCUAUUCAGGUGCAGUUGCUGGAGCCAGAGAGCCUUUGAGUUCUGGAAUACCCUUGUUGUCAAUAUCGUUGAACUGGAAGUAUGAUGAAAGCCAAGAAAGUGGCUUACCUUUGAUUAACAGCAACUAUCAGUGACAUAGAGAAAGAAGGUUUCCCUAAAGACUGCUCUCUUAACAUAGAAAUUCCAACAUCACCCUCACAAAACAAGGUAAUGACAGGUUUCUGUGACUCCAUUGUCUCUGUUCCAAAGGUUGAUUCGGGAACUCAAGUCACAGAAUCAGAAUGGAUCUCCAAAGCCCUGAUAGAUGAAAAAGGUCAUACUAGUAAAUUAUGUUGCAUGAUUGGCAAAAACACUCCCAACAAAUGUUUUGUUUUUUGGUAUAAAUGUUAAGAAACGGACGAAACCAAGCCAACUCUUCCAACAAAUCUGGUAACUCGAUUCUGCAUUGUUUGUUCUUGUGAUAUUGUUCUCAACUUAUCAUUUAACCCUUUUGUUUAUUUUAUU